AUGCAACAACCAGGCCGGCUGAGGCUGAGGCCGUGGCUGGAGGAGCAGAUUCAGUCCGGGAGGUAUCCAGGAGUUAGCUGGCUGGACCAGUCAGCACGGAUCUUUCAAAUUCCGUGGAAACAUGCCGCUCGUCAUGGAUGGAGUAUUGACCGAGAUGCUACACUCUUCAGGAGUUGGGCCAUGCACACUGGACGGUACCAUCCAGGCAAAGACAAGCCAGACCCCAAAACAUGGAAGGCAAAUUUCCGCUGUGCAUUGAAUUCUCUGUCUGACAUAUGUGAGCUGCGGGAGCACAGCAGGAAGAGAGGCAGCAAUGCCUACAGAGUCUACAGGAUGAUGCCCAGCACACAAACACACAGACGCAGGAGAGGGCUGAGGUUGAUAAGCAGGUCUCGAGAAAGACAGGCGAGUUUAGGCGAUGAUACACACACCACGCAUGCCUGGCAACCCACAACAACAAGGCCCAUUUCAGACACACCACAGAAGGUGGAGACCCAUGCAGAGGACAUAUUUGGCAAUGCCCAAACGCAUGGUAUGUGGGAGGCCAAACCAGAGGACCAGGAGCAGAAUGAGGCUGUAUUUAAGUUGAUGGACCACUUAAGCAACACUGACGUCUGGACUGGGGAGCAGAGAGGAUGGAGAACACACACACUGUGGGACCACUGGCACUGUGCUGGUGAUGAUAACCCAUAUUCUCUGCACACAGAGAACUACAGUGAUCUGUUUGGUCCAAACUACAUCAAGGAGCUCUCCGAUUGGUCCACACAUCAGCAAACACUGAUGCCGUAGCUGUGUACUGAACGGCUCAUCCUCAUGCUCUUUGUGUUAACCACAGCUGUUCUUCCUUCAGGCUUUCUUGCUAACUUUCAGCUGAUUUCCUCCUGCUGUCUGUCUGCUGACCACUGAAAAGGGGAAAGAGAGGGGGAGCGGACAGAGAAUAUUGCUCUGUCAGUCAGUCGGGCGGUCAUCCUCUCUGCUGAGCAUGCUGAGAUGAAGAUCCUGUUCCAAGCCAAGCUUUACCUCUGUCAUCAUCACUUCACUAUGGUUCAGUGCCUCAAACUCACUGACAUGACACCAAGCUCACAGCGAAAACAGAUCUCAUUUCGCUUUAGGGCAGGAUCAGUUAUUGCUCUACUAUUUCUCUGACUUUUACUGGAUGUUUAGCCAACAUACAGUAAAGGAAGUGCAGAACACACAGGCAUUACAUGUGGCUUUAACAGUUUGGCCUGUGUUUGUUUUUGAGUGGAGUUUAAAACUCCACAGUACUACACAGUAAGCUGCAAUCAAUAUAUAUCUUUUUUUGUCCUAUAUACAGUAUGCGUGUGAGUCCUAUACCUUUAGUUUUACCAAUUUUUAAGACUUCUCACAGAGAUACUCAAGUUUGUAUAUUUUCAUUGUUUGAGGCAGAACAUGGUACACUUUGUUUUGUAUGAUAUUGUACAACCUGUUUUGUGUGUUUUUUUAAUUUUUAAAUACGGUAUGAACGGAAUACGGUGGCUUCAGAAGGUGGCUGUUUAUCACUUCAAUAGAAUCCAUAACCGGCAGUGGAAUUUAAUUUGGCAGUCAAUGACCCACUGUCAUUAUUACACUGCUGUCUCAUAGUUCUCCACAUUAUUGAUGUGAUACAUUUAAAACAGCCAACCAAUAAUAUGCCUUUAUUGUUUAUUGACCUUUAAAGAUCAGCGCAUUUUAACAUAUUAAGAAAGACAUUUUAAACAGCACACAACAUUUAAGUAAUUUGUUGUGAGGGCUUCACUAUAAAUAUGUUGUCAGACUCACCUUGUGACUGUAAACAGUUGUGUAGUACUAAUAAAUAGCCACAAGUAAAAAUACAACUCAUAUUUCCAAGUUCUGUAACAAUAAUGUCUACUAAAAUCGAAUCUCUUUAGUUUGCAGCACCAUAUAAAAAUAGCCUUACUUUAUUGAUUAUAACUGGAAUAUACAGUACUGUAGAUUGUCACACUAGUUAUUUGUGCUUGGUCACUUUACAGGCUUUUUUCAUGGUAGCCAUCUUGUUAUAGACAGAUUAGCACAGGUGUAAACAAUAACACUAAUUAGGACUCUGUUACUUUGAAGUGUCAGUGUCUUCAUGUCUGGCCUUGAAAGUGGCACACCAGCCUGUCAUUUGUAAUUAUGAAAAAUAAUGUGCUCUUCCUUCUCAGCAUGAUUUAACCCUCCUGUUGUCUUUGGGUCAAAUUUGACCCAUUUUCAAAAAAU